AUGGAAAAUUAUAAUCAAACGUCAACUGAUUUCAUCUUGCUGGGAUUGUUCCCACCAUCGAGAACUGGCCUUGUCCUCUUGGCACUCACUAUGCUCAUCUUCCUACUGGCUUCCAUUGGCAACCUGUCCAUGAUCCUGCUUAUCCUCAUGGAUGCCCAUCUCCACACCCCCAUGUACCUCCUCCUCAGUCAGCUCUCCCUCUUGGACCUCACUUACAUCUCCACCAUUGUCCCGAAGAUGGCUUCCACUUUCAUCCUGGGAAACAAGUCUAUCUCCUUCACUGGAUGUGGGGUUCAGAACUUCCUCUUCCUCACUCUAGCAGGUGCAGAGGGACUGCUGCUGGCAUCUAUGGCCUAUGACCGUUAUGUGGCGAUUUGCUCUCCUCUCCACUAUCCCAUCCGCAUGAACAAAAGAGUGUGUACGUUCAUGAUAUUGGGGUCUUGGAUGAUGGGCUCUGUCAACUCCUGUGCUCACACUGUAUAUACUCUGCAUAUCCCUUAUUGCAGAUCCAGAGCCAUCAAUCAUUUCUUCUGUGAUGUCCCCGCCAUGCUGCGUCUGGCCUGCAUGGACACUUGGGUCUACGAGUACACAGUGUUUGUGAGCACCACCUUCUUUCUCAUGGUUCCAUUCACGGGUAUUGCAUGUUCUUAUGGCCAGGUUCUCCUUGCAGUCUGCCGCAUGCACUCAGGGGAAGGGAAGAAGAAGGCCUACUCCACCUGCAGCACCCACCUCACUGUGGUGACCUUCUACUACAUACCCUUUGCUUACACUUAUUUACACCCAACAUCCCUCCGCUCCCCAGCAGAGGACAAGGUUCUGGCUGUCUUCUACACCAUCCUCACCCCAAUGCUCAACCCCAUCAUCUACAGCCUGAGGAACAAGGAGGUGUUCGGAGCCCUGAGAAGAGUCCUUCACAGAAUUUGGCCCAUGAAAAUGUAG